CUUCUUUUCAUCGUCCUCUGUAUCUUCUUUCAUUUUCCUCAUAUGUUUCUAAUCAUCUUCCUCUUUAUCUACAUGUUUCUUUUCAUCAUCUACAUCUUCCUUUUAUUUUCCGCCAUUUUAUUAUCUCUAUUCCUAUCAUCUCCAUUGCACAUGCCUUUGCCUCUGUUUUUUUUUGUCUUAUUGCCUUCUCUUCUUCUUUGCCUUGCUUCGUACAUUCCAGUUCUCAUGUUAAGUUCUUGGCUGGCGCCGGGGCCUCGUACCGCGCUAACAAAUACACCGGGGUCGGAUUGUACUGGUUGCAGCUGCACGACACAGGGCGAAUUUGCGGCAAGCAAGCCAGGGCCAGGGGCGUGCUGUAGCCAGCAACCGGGAAAUCUGUUGGUUGCAUUGUGUGUCUCUCAUCAGCAGGCAGUUCUAUUCGAUGCCAUGUCCACCGAGCAAAUAACACUCAACGGGACGGACAGGAACUGGAGGCUCUGCCGUGGUCCUGUGUUGGAGUCCCACCCGAGCUCGAUGACAAGUACUGAAUUGGCCCUCGAAAGAGUCGAGAACGGAAAAGUUCACGCAAGGCCGUCGGCGAGCAUUCCAGGAGCUUUCAAAGACCGUCAAUACCUACAUAAACCAAAAACCGGCACCAUGGGGUUUGCCGUCUUGUCGCUUGCGAGGAUUUCGCUUGGCGUCCUGGGCGACGACAUCAUCGCUGUCCCGAUACAAGCUGGGUCUAAGGUUCCACAGUUCAAGGCAGCUUUUUACUGAUGGGCUGUCCAGUCGCAAUUGGAGCUUGAAUUGGGUAUAGAGUAAGGAAUUGCUGGACACCAGAGACACCUCAGCAGUCUUUAAAAGGUACUUACCAGAUGCUUGACAUUCCCGAAGCAUCAUGUAUCACCAGCAGUGCAUUACCAGUUGCGGGGAGCAGGCAGUCAUCGGGUGGUAUCUCAAGUUAUAAAAAGCCCCACGUGUGUUGGGCGCCCCGAAGCACGCUUUC